CCGUCAAAUUAAAUAAUUUUCAGCCAAAAUUAAAUAAUUUGAAUCUUCUUUCAUAUUCUUCCUCUUCUUCUUCAUCGACGUCUCGCAGUCUUUAAUCCUAGUCAACAAAAACCUUAAAUUUCUCCAAAAUCCAUAAACCCAGAAUCAGAAACUCCAAUUCCAUUAAAGGGAAAAAAGCGUAUCGUAUCCUUUUGUGGUAUCGACUGUAGACGAUCACACACACAAGUAUAAUCAUACGGUUGAUGACGUGGCGUACUUAUUCGAGGUUUCAUCUUAUCCCUACACGUGGCUUUAUAUCGGACCGCUUAGUUAAUUUAGAUAAAAGGAUUAAGCAAGCAAACCGUCAGAUUUUUUCCCGCUAUGUUGCUAACUCUCUCUCCUAAAACCCUAUCUUCUUCUUCUUCUUCUUCUUUCACUGUGCACAAAUCUCAAAACCCUAGAUGUAAAUCCUCAAAUUCAGCUCGAUUCAAGAGUUCAAAAUGGAGAUAUCAUCCCAUUUUAGUGAAAUCCGAAGUUCAGAUUGAGAGGGAUCUCGAAUUCGAACCGGGAGAUACUUUUUUCCGCCAUGAAAGCGCUACAGGACGUGACCUGGGUGUGUUGUCAGCGACGCUGUACAAGAGAUCCAAUGGAAGCUUACGGGUACUCGACGCGAUGUGCGGAUGUGGAAUUAGGUCGCUUCGUUAUCUUGUGGAGGCUGAUGCUGAUUUCGUGAUGGCCAACGACGCCAACGAUGCCAAUCGGAAGGUGAUUACGGACAAUUUGAGUAGAGUGGAGAGAGGUAAUGGAGAUGAGAGGAGAUGGGUUGUGACGCAUUUGUUGGCUAAUAAAGUGAUGAUUGAGCGGUAUAUGGUUGCUGAUUUCUUCGAUAUGAUUGACAUUGAUUCGUUUGGGAGUGAUUCAUCUUUUCUGAGAGAUGCGUUUAAUACAUUGAGAUUGGGUGGUUUGCUUUACUUGACGUCAACAGAUGGGUACUCUUCUGGUGGUCACCGACCUUAUAAUUCUUUAGCAGCUUAUGGAGCAUUUAUUCGGCCAAUGCCUUUUGGGAAUGAGAUUGGUCUGCGGAUGCUUAUAGGUGGAGCAGUGAGAGAGGCUGCUCUACUUGGUUAUCAUGUUACGCCCCUUUUCUCAUACUAUUCUUAUCACGGACCUGUAUUUCGAGUCAUGCUGAGGGUUCACCGUGGGAAAUUACAUGAGGACAGGAACUAUGGUUUUGUCACGCACUGUAAUCUAUGUGGCCAUUCUCAUACAUUGAGAUGGGAUGAACUUGGUUUGAUGGGAUGUCCUUGCAGUGAUACAAAGGCUUCUUCUUCACUGGUUGUCUCAGGACCAAUGUGGCUUGGACCGCUUCAUGAUGGGUCGUAUGUUACGGAAAUGCUGGAAUUGGCGAAGGAAUGGGGGUGGGUCGGUGAAGGAACUGGCAUGGAUCUAGAGAAGCUUCUCAGCAUAAUGAUUGAAGAGAGCGAUCCAAGACUACCACCUGGAUACACCAAAAUGGAUGAGAUGGCCAGCCGUGCAAAGAUGAACUCCCCUCCAUUGAAGAAGAUGAUGAGUGCACUAGUUAAGGAAGGAUAUGCUGUUAGCAGAUCUCACAUUAUCCCAAAUGCUCUCAAAACCGAUUGUCCCAUGUCAAAUUUUGUAAGGAUUGCCCAAGAUAAUUUGAAGAGAUGACUUUUUGAUGGAGUUUCUUUUGUAAAACAGAAUUUUUGUUACAUUUAUAAUCAAGUUGAUAGAUAAUUUAAGUAAACCUCUCUUUCUUCUUA